CUUAUCAAAACUCUAUCAAAUUUUCAUUUCGUUAAUCAUAUCUCGUAUUUCAUCUAUCGCGAUUCUCAUGUUCGUAUUCGUAAUUGGGAAUAUCGUGGUAUAUUGCGUUAUUGAGAUUACCGAAGUAAGCUUUUGUUCUGUGGGGUUUUGAUAAUUAUUUGUGGUGGUAGAUUGGUCGGGUUCGACCAUCUUCGCCCAACGAUUAUUCCCCCGUCGGAAGUUUGCUAGGCGUAAUCUAUUAACUCAAUAUAUUUACCAUAUUCUCAACCCGUCCGUCUAUCAUUCAUUAUCAUUCACCAUCGUCAUCCCCCGGUAAGUAUAUGUUUAUGAUGUAUCCCGUCAUGAGCUAAAUCUCUUUUCUGGGAGAACCUAGGGUAAUACUAUUAAACCUCGAUUUAAUAAUUUGGAUUUAUUUUUCCUCCAAUUUCUAUUGUAUGAGAUUUAAUAAUGCCUUGUGUGGAUUGAUCACCUUCACAUUGAAUUGUCGUUUUUAGGUGGAGAUCGAUAGGAGAUACUUGAAAACAGAGCGCUUCUCAUGCAUCGUAAUUAGCUAAUGAGCACGAUAGUGAAUUUAGAUAAUUAUGCAGUCAUUCACAAUUGUUUCAUCGUGAUACUGUUGAUUGAAAAAGGGAAUCGGUCUUAAUCCUAAUUAAUUGAUUAAUUGGUUGUGCGAGAGUGAACAAUUAAUUAAUUGGUUAGUAAGUAGUUUUGCUCGAGAGAGAGGACUAUCAAUUUAGAGAUUCCUGACUGUAGAAAAAUGGAUUAAAAUGAUUAAUAUGCCAUGUUAAAAUAAUCGAGGUAAGAUAGUAAAAUCCCGAAGUUUCUCCCAGAGCUUUUCUCCCUUUGUUUAAACUUGAUUUUUAUUGUUAAAUUAAUUAGACCUCAAAUCGAAAUUGAUUCACCAUCUAAGCAUUUUCUUACCAGUUUGCUUGCCUUAUUCACUAAAAAUCAAAGGUUGUACCAAGUCCCCGAGAGAACGAUACUCGAACUUUCCACUAUAUUAUUUUGACAGGAGGAGAAUAAAAAUUCCAACCUUUCAUUAAGUCUUACGAACAAACCAAUUAGUCACGAUAAUUUGAGUUGCUUGAAAAGAGUUUGUAUGAGUUUUAAUUUCUUACACGCUCUCUAGCUAAGACGAAAGCCUAUUGAUGGGGUUUUCUCAGAUUGCAGUACAGGUUUUAACAUAUCAGGUCUUGUGUUGCCUAAUCUAGUAGGGUUUCGGUUUGAACUAGGUGAACAUAUUAUUCUUUGUGUUACAACCAUUGUUUAUAUUGGGGGAUUUUAUAAAGAUUGAAAACCAUAACCUCUAUCGGUGGUACGCUCUCUGGUAACAUGAACAUACCACGUAGUCCGAAUAAUUCGAGUUCUUAUGAAAAAAAGUUUGUAUGCGUACUCUCGAUCUCUUACGGUGUCUCUGGUUUGCAGAUGGUCUUCCGACAAAGUCACGGUGGCUUUCUACUCGGCGCGACGGUAGAUAUCUGGGCAUCAAUGAUCACUACUUUGGUGGAAAACCCGUGUGGGGAACUCAUGUUGGUGCACAGGAACAAAGACUGGAGAGAUUGUGAGGGACCUGACUUCCCGCCGCAGGAGCGGGAGGAGCUUCAUUUCGACGGCGAAGAAGACACCACGUACGUGGCUUUUCACGGUCCCAAAGCGAGGCUGGACUUUUACGAGACGGCGGCGUUCAAGGUUUUCAAGCUGAACCAGGAUACGCAUGAUUGGGAAAGAGUGGACAGCGUAGGGGAUUACGCAUUGUUCGUCGGAAUCAAUCGAGCGAGUUUUGUUUCCGCGGAGGAGUACCCUGGAUGUAGAACAAACUGCAUCUAUUUCACGGAUGAUUAUAGAGAAGGUCACGAGGCUCACUUCCAUGGCGGCUACGAUAUCGGCGUGUACGACGUAGGAAAAGGAAGCGUGGAGCCGUUUUCUUGUCGGGGUUUGUAUGAUCCUGUUCUGAUUUGGCCGCCGCCGGUGUGGGUAUUUCCUUCGAAAUGAUUUUUGGUGUUGCAUGGCAUGGAAAAUUGAUGAGAUUAUUGUUUUUGGGGGUUUAAUUAUUGAUGUUGUUUUAUUGUUGUUAUUUGGAUUUAUUAUUUUAACGUGGGAAAUGGUCGAAGGCGCUAGCCUUGUUCGGGCAGGAUUAGAGUAGCUAGGUCGAUUCAUAUUCAUGUGUACGAUUGUUUCAUUCGUUGUUAUGGAGAAGAAUAUUACUUAAACUAUUUUGU